GCAGUGUCACCUAGAAACGACUUGGCUCCACCCCCUGAGGGGCGAAGGCUCAGUCCCUCCCACCCGGAAGAGAAAACUGGCGCAUUCUAUGAAUGUCAUUGUGAGACAUGUUCUAGAAUAUGGAAUCAUGCCAUUAUAAAGGAUGUGUAGCUCCCCCUGUUGUAACUUUGAAUCCAGGCUUCUGCUGCGCCAUAUUUGCUAACGACACCAAGGUCAGACAGACCUGCGUGAUUCUGGAUAAGGUAUAUUCCAGAUUACUUGCACUUUUUCCUGUGUUCCAGCUCUUGCUACAGACACACCUAGAAAGCACACAUAACCAGAUAUGGACACUAAUGAGGAUCCUGAUGAAGACUAUCUUGCAAGUUAUGACAUUCAGCUCAGUGUUCAGGAAUCCAUUGAAACCAGCAAGGCUGGAGUCCGUCCUGAAAGAUUUGUGCCGUUAAGUCGUCAGAACAGAAAGCUUGUAGAGGCCAUAAGGCAAGGUCAUAUUCUUGAGCUCCAGGAGUGUGUGCAAUAUAAAUAUGCUCUGGAUGAAGCUGAUGAGAAUGGAUGGCUCCCAUUGCAUGAAGCUGUCGUUCAACCUAUUCAGCAAAUACUUGAAACUGUUCUUGAUGCAUCCUGUGAGACACUCUGGGAAUUCAAGACCUGUGUUGGAGAAACACCUUUGACUUUGGCAGUCAAAACUGGUCUUGUGGAAAAUGUAAGGACUUUACUAGAAAAAGGAGUCUGGCCCAACACCAGAAAUGACAAAGGGGAGACACCUCUUCUGAUUGCUGUGAAAAAGGGCUCCUAUGACAUGGUCUCUACUCUGAUUAAAUACAACACAAGCCUUGACCAGCCCAGUGUCAAGCGGUGGUCAGUAAUGCAUGAAGCGGCCAAACAAGGCCGGAAAGAUAUCACAGCUCUGCUAUUGAAUCACGGAGGCAAUGUCCACCUGAGAGAUGGAUUUGGAGUCACACCGCUAGGAGUCGCCGCUGAAUAUGGUCACUGCGAUGUGUUGGAGCAUCUAAUCCACAAAGGUGGUGAUGUGUUUGCUUUGGCUGAUGAUGGGGCAUCCGUGUUAUUUGAGGCAGCAGGAGGUGGAAACCCUGACUGCAUUUCUCUCUUGUUGGAAUAUGGAGGGAGUGGAAAUGUGCCUAACAGAGCAGGACAUCUUCCCAUACACCGAGCUGCCUAUGAAGGACAUUAUUUAGCUCUGAAAUAUCUUAUCCCAGUUACAUCCAAAAAUGCAAUUCGGAAAAGUGGGCUAACUCCAAUUCACUCAGCAGCAGACGGACAAAACACCCAGUGCCUGGAACUGCUCAUUGACAAUGGUUUUGAUGUCAAUGCCCUGCUUGCUGACCACAUUUCCCAGAGCUACGAUGAUGAGAGGAAGACUGCACUGUACUUCGCCGUCUGUAAUAAUGAUAUUCAUUGCACAGAAGUCCUUCUGGCUGCAGGUGCGGAUCCAAACUUAGAUCCCCUCAACUGUUUGCUUGUCGCAGUAAGGGCCAAUAGUCACGAAAUUGUCCGGCUGCUUCUCUCCUAUGGAGCUAAUGUCAAUUGUUAUUUUAUGCAUGUGAAUGACACUCGUUUCCCCAGUGCCAUUCAGUAUGCUCUAAAUGACGAGGUCAUGCUGAGGCUGCUGCUGAAUAAUGGUUACCAGGUGGAGCUGUGCUUUGACUGCAAGCACGGAGACAUCUUUGGAAAUUCAUUCGUAUGGUCAGAGAUAGAGGAAGAAGUACUGCCAGGAUGGACACCUUGCAUAAUAAAAGAUAACCCAUUUUGUGAGUUUAUUACAGUUCCGUGGAUGAAACACCUGGUAGGCAACGUUGUCCGUAUCCUAAUAGAUUAUAUGGAUUAUGUCCCUCUGUGCGGUAAGCUGAAGUCUGCACUAGAAGUACAGAGAGAAUGGCCAGAAAUCCGCCAAAUACUUGAGAAUCCUUGCUCAUUAAAGCAUUUGUGCCGAUUAAAAAUCCGAAGACUCCUGGGACUCCAGCGACUUUGCCAGCCAGCCUCCAUGGAGAAGCUCCCUCUCCCAGCAGCUAUUCGAAAAUACUUAUUAUUUAAAGAAUAUGACCUCUAUGGCCAACAGCUAAAAUUAGUAUAAGCUCAAAAUAAUAUUUU